CGUCGACGAAGGAAUCGACGAUCGACACCUUCCUCACCGCGAACCCCGCGUGUUAUGUGCCCGUGACCCACACGCCGCAUCUGCCCGUGACCCACGCGCGAAAUGACCGGUUGGACCAAGAGGAAAGCCCUGUUCCUCGGCAUCUUCAUCGGCUUCCUCUUCUUUUCCAUUUUUAAACUCUCUGACGUGCCUCUCACCACACUGUCGUAUCUGCAGAAGGAGGAGGAAUUGGAAACAAAUCAGACGAAAAAUCAAGAUGAAGUGCUCCUCCGGGAGGAGACGCUUUAUCCAGGUCCGUUUCACCUUCAAUAUUCCAUUAUUUUCACCCUUCAUAAAAGUGUUCCAUGCACAGGGGAAGUGAACGCGACGUUGGCGGAGGAGAUAUCGAAGAAAGUGAGGGUCCUGUGCUGGGUGAUGACCCAGCCGGAGAAUCACCGGAAGAAGGCCAGACACGUGAAGGCCACGUGGGGGAAGCGCUGCAAC